GCCAGAGCUGCGCAGCGCACAGCCCUGGUGAGCGUCCCUUUCCUCUACCUUGUGCACGAUCAUGCACUGAAAGACUACAGUUAUUACCCUGAUUCCUGAUUCCAAACGGCAGUGAGCUGUUUUUGUUGGUUGCAGUCAUCCCGGAUGUCUCUACAGUGUUGAUUUUAAUCUGAUAAACGGAAUAUCCAAAAACGGCCCCGGACUGUUUUGCUUGUAAGAGCACCCUUGUGUGAUGAACCUGGAGUGCAGUGAGAGAGGGGAGCGUCCUUCACCUCGAGGCCCAGACAUGGAGCCUCAUACCGGAGGAAAGAUGGGGAAGAUAUCAGUAGGUUUUCAGAGGAGCUCCACUUCAGAUGACGACUCCGGCUGCGCUCUGGAGGAGUACGCUUGGGUGCCACCAGGACUCAGGCCUGAGCAGGUUCAGAUGUAUUUCUCUCGUCUGCCAGAAGACAAAGUGCCAUAUGUCAACAGUCCAGGAGAGAAGCACCGGAUCCGGCAACUCCUCUACCAGCUGCCACCACAUGACAACGAGGUACGUUACUGCCAUUCUCUGACUGAAGAGGAAAAGAGGGAGUUACACAUGUUCAGUGCUCAGAGGAAGAGGGAGGCACUUGGGAGAGGAACACCCAAGAUCCUGCCCCGAGCUUUGCAACACACCCGCUGUGAAAAUUGUGGUGGAGGCAUAAAUGGAGGGGAGAUGGCAAUUUUUGCCUCCAGAGCAGGCCCGAGCCCCUGCUGGCACCCGGCAUGCUUUGUAUGUUCAACUUGUCAAGAACUUCUCGUGGAUCUCAUCUAUUUUUACCAAAAUGACAAGGUCCUCUGUGGAAGACACCAUGCUGAGCUUCUCAAACCACGAUGCUCUUCCUGUGAUGAGAUCAUCUUUGCUGAUGAGUGCACUGAAGCAGAGGGUCGUCACUGGCACAUGAAACAUUUCGCCUGUUUUGAGUGUGAGACGAUGCUCGGAGGACAGCGCUACAUCAUGAAAGAUGGCCGACCCUAUUGCUGUGGCUGCUUUGAGUCACUGUAUGCAGAGUACUGUGAAGCCUGUGGUGAAAACAUAGGUGUUGACCAUGCCCAGAUGACCUAUGAAGGUGUACACUGGCAUGCCACAGACCAUUGCUUCUGUUGUGCACAGUGUAAAACAUCUCUGCUGGGUUGCCCAUUUCUGCCAAAGGAGGGCCGCAUUUAUUGCUCAAAGGCCUGCAGUCAGGGGGAAGACAUUCAUGCCUCAGACUCCUCUGAUUCUGCCUUCCAGUCUGCCCGCUCACGUGAAUCACGGCGCAGCAUCCGCAUGGGAAAGAGCAGCAGGCCUGCCGAACAGUGGAGGCAGUCACAGCUGUUUACCCCCGCUGCUGCUGUCCCCUCGUUCGAGUACAAGUUUGGGGACUGUGAAGGUGAUGGAGAUGCUGAUGGUGACAUAGAUAUUGUAGGGCGUAAACUGGCCCAUUUAAAUAUGGAAGAGGAGAGGUUCUGGAGGGAGCGGGAGGAGCAAGAUGCUGGGGGAGAGGAGGAUCCAGAGGAGUGGGCCCAACAUGAGGACUAUAUGACUCAGCUCCUGCUCAAAUUUGGGGACCGUGGAAUGCAACAGCAACUUCAGCAACCAUCCCUAAAAUCUCCCAGCCCUAGCAUUGAGAGAAAUAGGUUAAUAAGCAUCUCUGACCCAUGGCUGAAGCCUGAUUCUACAUCUAUGGGGGUUACCCCCUCAUCUCCUACCCCUGCUAGUCCCACCCAGAGCCAGACGUCCAAUCAGUCCAGAGCCAACAGCCUUAGUCCUGGGCUAAUGAGCAAGAAGAAUCUGCCUGAAAUGUAUUGGGCUCAGUCCCAAGAUGGGUUGGGAGACUCAGCUUAUGGGAGUCAUCCAGGCCCUGCUAGUGCAAGAAAAAUUCAAGAGUUGGAGAUGGACCAGGAUCAGGAUCAGUCAGGGACAGGAAGACAGGCCUUCUGGCCAGACACCCGGCAGUGGUAUGAAGACUCCCUAGAGUGUAUCGCAGACGAGUUGAGGAAGGUUGGGCAGGGUGUUGGAGACUCCAUGGAUUCCCUUGCACUUUCAAACAUCACUGGUGCUUCUGUGGAUGGCGAAGGUCGAGAUAGACCUCUACGCUAUUCCCUUCAUAGCAUUCAGGAUCCAUUGCUGGGGACAAAUGACUGUGAGAAGAUGAGCAACAUGGGAACCUUUAAUUCCUCUCAUCUUCACCAUAGUAGCAACUCCCUCAACCUUAACCUGGAGAAAGGAGAGGUGGGAACAGAGGAAGAUGUUACUUUGGCCAUGAGGGGAGGAACAACUGCAGGACUUCUUUCAUUGUCCCCACAUUCAGAGGUCCUCCCUCCCUCCUUUGUCCAUGCUCCUGCUUUGAGAAGGAGCAAGUCUCAGUCCAGGCCUCCUCAGAUGGUUAAGUUCUCAGAAGACACUGUAGACAAUGGGUACAAUGAUGGGUUUGACGUCAGUAUGAGAAAGCAUCCCAUGAGCGAGAAACCACAACGGAGGGUGUACUGCCCAGAUGAGAUGAGCCGAGACAAAAGCCGCCCCACAAGCCACCACGGCCGCAGUAGGCAGCACCACCGACAAGGCAGGCACCACAGGAGUCGCAAAACCCGUUCAGAUAAUGCCCUUCACAUGGUGCCUUUGGAAAAAGCACAAAGGCUGUAUGAGCCCCAGCAACAAAGUGUGAUUGACCCCGCAAGAGGAGGUGCCAUGCUACUGCAGCAUCCCUCCCACAGGCUGCCCCUGGCCUAUUCCCACACCCAGUCUGACUACAUGCUUCAGGGUUCAACACAAGGAGAUCCUCGGGCAGAGAAUUUCAUGGCUCUUUACAGGGAUGAGGAUGACUGGUGCUCUACAUGCUCUUCGUCCUCAUCAGACUCUGAGGAGGAGGGUUAUUUCCUGGGACAGCCGAUCCCCCAGCCUCGAGUGGCUGGGCACUAUUAUGCUGAAGACUACCCAACUAGGGUAACAGCCCUCUCAUCCCAGAACCAUGGCUCACACAUUAGGCGCAGAAAAAACCAUCGCUCCAAAAACUGUAUCAUUUCUUAACAAUUCAGACUGUUCUUUAAUAGUGUAUAUUACGGUACACUAAUAAAUUUAAUACAGAUCCUCUGAGCAUAUGAUGCUUUAGAGAUCAAAUACAGACUGUGUAUAGUGCCCUUACAGAUGGAGCAUAUCGUAUUUUAGGUCCAAAUCUACUGAAAGAAGAAAAUUUUAAAUAAAAAAUGACCAUCUGUCAUAAUUUUGUAUGUGUGCAAAUAUGCCUUAGAUACUGGGAUUUUUUUAAUUUAGCACUAAUGUGAUGCUUGGACUGGUAUUUUAGGAAGCCUUCUCUUGGAUAGCAUUGACUGACACACUUUGGCAGAGUGAAGACACACUUUUUUUAUUUCAACAUUUGCCAUGAAGUUGUUUUUGCAAUGUUUUAUGAUCAGUUACAAGUUUUUCAGCAAUACCUUUGUUGAUGUUAAAAUGGCAACGCUAUUGUACACAAAGGCUGAUAAAGGUAGAAUAUAGAAACUAACCAAAUAAUUAUUUAAUGCAUAAUAGUACAGAAUGAUAAUGUAUAUACUAAGUUAAAAUUUUAAUACUGGUAUUUUUAUAUCUGUGGUUUAAAAACUGUUUCUUGUGAAGUGUUUGGAAAAAAGCUGUUGUAAUCGUAAACAUAACAGACCUCAUAAAUAUUUUGGGACACAAAGAAGGCACCACUUCAUUAUUCUGUUCUUCAAGUGCCAUGAUAGUUGGUAAAACUAUUGAAUUUUUAACACAUAUUCCAAAAUGCUCACUGCUUGUGUGCAAAAUAUAUAAAAUGGCAGUAGCAACCUGAUUUUCCAUAUUCAGCCUGUCUUUUCACUACCCUUGCUUUGCCAUAGCCAGUUAAUUGCUUUGUGAUGUAAAGACGCUUGUAAUAAAUAUUUUUCUUCA